AUCCGGCAUACUUUGAACAUAAUGUAGCUCAACGCUUACAAGACAUUCCGUAAAAGCCGGAAAAUGCCGAAAACGCAAUCGUAGAAUACGUGAUUUACCGAAUGACACCAAGGCGUACUACCUUAAGAUCAUUAAAUAGUCGUCAUAUGGUACACACUGUGCAUUACGUACGAUCAAUACGGUAGUCGUCAGAGCGAUGAGAUGAAUCAAAUAAAAAAACAAAUCCGGUGUGUUACAGUACAAUAACAGUACAAUAAACUUAACAAAUGGCUACCCUGCCAGGUGAUGCUGAGUUUACUAGUAAACUUGAUGAAGCCAGUAAGAAGAAAGCUAAAGAGGAGCUUAAUGAGUUAAAUGAUGCUGACAGGGCUCUUGCUGUUCAGACGUUUCGUAAAUGGAUUCUGGAGCAGGACUGUAUCAAAUCACCAACAGAUUUUGAGUUCCUGCUGAGAUACCUAAGGGCUCGAAAAUUCAGCCAACUUGGAGCACGACAGACGCUUGAAAACUACUGGACGAGCAAAACGACGUCACCUGAUUGGUUCAAAGAUGUAGAUCCAUGUGACCCAAAUCUAAUAGAAAUUCUAAAAUCCGGGUACCUUUUAAGCCCAAAGGUAUAUGACAGUAAUGGUCGGAGACUUAUUAUGGACAGACCUGGGCGACUUAAAGAUGAUAUAGUGGAAAGAGCAGGCGGUUCUAAAAGUGUAUUCAAAACAAUUGGCCUAUUUAUUGACUGGGUAUUGACAGACGAAAAUGUGCAAGUGAAUGGUGUUAAUGUAAUAGCGGAUCUAUCUGAUGUAAAACUGUCUUCUCUAACUACACUGUGGACAGCUGAAAAUGGGAAAAAACUACUCAGUUUCUAUCAGCAUUCAGCUCCUGUAAGAAUUAAGCAGAUGCAUUUCUAUAAUGAACCUAUUUUCUUUGAUGCCGUAUUUGCAUUGAUGAAACCUCUGAUUAAGCAGAAAAUGCGAGAUCGGUUAUUUCUUCACGGAGGCAGUAUGGUUGAUGUGUUUAAAGAAGUUGAAAAAUGUAUCUUACCUGCCGAGUACUUGCCUGACGACUAUACAGGCCCUAACGCAGGACCAAUCAGUAAGAUAAUAGACGAUAUGAUAGAAGAAAUGACACAACCGGGUUUCAGAAGUUACAUGAAGAAAUUGUCAAGUGGCGAGUUUAAGAUUGAUCUCGAUAAGAAGAAAUCAAAUGAUAUACCUUCAGAAUCAUUUAGAAAACUUAAUGUUGACUAACUACCAUUUAUUUAAUUAAUCACUUUAUGAAAGUAAUAGUAUAGUAGGAUACUGUCGUUUUCCAUUUUUUUUUCAAAUACUUUGGUUUCAUUGUUGCUGCUACUUAAUCAAAAAUACGGUCAAUGUUUCAGUGCUUCUUUGCGUCUUUUUUAAUAUCUUUCCAAUAAUAAUGUAUCGCAAUGGAAAGAAAAUUAAACCUAAGAGAUAAGAAAGUUAUGAUGGUACAAACAGUAGAACUCACAUCGACAAAGACAUGAUAGCAGCCAUUAAUAAAGUAUUGGACUUUGUUAACCUUCAUUUCAUGAUAUCCAAAUAUUCCAGUGUUGAUUUUUUCCGUAAAUCGUGUCUAGCCAUGUUAUAUAUCAAAAAAAAGCUGCUGUGUCCACUUUUACAGACGCAUUGUUUCUUAUAAUGGAUUUGGUAUCUACAUUAUUAAAGAAAAAUCCAUCGUUUCUUUACACUUGUGAUAUACUUCGGUAUGCAAUGACAAUGAUAGUACAUUAGGGUACGUUUACGUGCAAGACUUCAUUCUUUAUUUCGGAGAGUCUCUGAAGUGUCUGUAAUUUUAAAACAAUUCAGCUUUAUGCAUUGAAAGUAUAUUUCUAAAUCCAUAAGCUGAUGUAUCAAAUGUCUACUUAAAGUGAGUUUUAUAUUGGAACAAGAGGAAUCAAAUCUAAACGAAGCUCAUCUACACAAGUUUUUGGAAUACAAAUGCAUGCAUAUUCAUUUUGUUUGGGUUUAUUGUCAUAAUAACACAGGCAGAUAUAUAUGGAAAAUUCCUAACUUUGGAUUGUGGCUUUAUUUCAAGCACCAAGUUGGCGCCUGGAUAGAACCAACGCCAUUCCAUUUGCAAGCUUUAUGCAGUAUCUGUUAUAGUUCAGUUAACGUAUAUCAGUAUCAGGUGUUUUACGGGCGAGGAGUUAUAGUCGAGGACUUUGAAUCACGCGCCAUUCACUGUUAUGGUUCAAAAACCUGAAAAGGAAUGUAGAAAUCUUCCACAUCCAGCUGAUUUAUGAAAGGCCAGUAUGGUUGCCCGUGUUUAAAAUAAUGCUAGGAUGACAAAUGAUGUCGUUCUUUGUCAUUAAAAGCAAGACAAUUUUUUUUAGUGUGACAACAUUAUCAGUGUGAUAUAAUUUAAAGUACAGCUGUACUUUAACUUUUGUCUCGCGUCAAUCAAAUUGCGUGACUAACAUUAUAAAUACGUUUCACUUAUUUACCAAUUACUCACGUAUUUUUCUAGAUAAAUACUUCUUAGAACUCAGUGUAUCACUUUCUGCUUAACUAAAUAAGAUAUGCUUUGUACAAAAUGAUUGACAUAAAUGUAGAUGAGUGUCACAUAAAAAGAUAAUAUUAAAAUUUGUAAUUUAUAUUUUACUCGAACAAUAAAAGGUGAAGGUUGAACAUCUGUUGAAAUAAAUGAGAUUUUUGACAUGCUUAGUAUUCAAAACUUGAAGAAAUAAAUUACAAGAAAGCAGACCUCAAAUGCACGAAUUUAACACCUGGGCAACUUAUUAUUACGAGACAUUAUUGUAACAUUUUUUGAUCUUGCACGGCUUGAUUCUUGAUUUACCUGUUUCGUGACUUCAGAAUAAGACAUAUGAUAAAAUGUAAAAUUUGA